GGAUGAGAAAAAUCUUUCUACUCUAAACCCCAGAUGUUUGUUUUAUCUAUACAUCAAGUAAAAUGACAAGUCUACAAGGAGAUGAUGACACCACAUCAAGUGGACACAAUCAGAUGACUUCAAGAAAGGAACUACAGGAUGAUUUGCGCCGCUACAUCACAGAGACCUUCAACUACAUCAAUUCUGUGAGAGGAUUCUGUGACAAGAUCUCUGAAUGGGUGGACAAGAGGAAGACAGAAUCAAAAAAAGUGGUAGACAUUAAAGAUAGGGCUGACAAACUUGACCUGAACUUGAGACAUGUUUACCAGUCAAAGAAGAAAGGUAAGGCCCUUCUGGAAUAUGGGAUGAGCAAGGUGGCCGGGGUGAAUGCAGACAAAAGGCGUGCAGAGCUGGAGAAGGAGCUGGUUGCUGUGUUGAGUGACACUUGGAAAGGCCUGGAGGAGCUCAACCACUUGCUGGGUGCAGUGGAGAAGCUGGUGGUCACCUCACUUCAUGUGUUCAUGGAGAACCAGGUGUUACAUCUACCCAAAGGUAUCAGCCUUGAUGUUCAGGUUAUCAUCGCUACUGCACGACUAAUCUGCCCUCUCCUCAUUGAGUUUAAAAGAGAUUCACGAGUCUUCAGCCUUCCCAAACUUCAGAAUGCAGUGGUGCUGUCGAAUCAGUUGGAAAGAUACAUAAAGACCACCCAGAUAAUCUGUGAUGAGUUAGAGAAAAGAUCUGUUGGUAACUUCUGCCAGACAAAACCUGUUGUUGGUAUACAUGUGAAUUUAUCUAAGGAAAACAUGGAGAGGAUGAUUCAUCAUGUCAAUGAACUACUCCGAAUCAGGAAGGACAAAGACUUCCAGACAGUGUUUAUCUUCCCAGAAGGGCAUUGUUCUCACUUCAUCACUGAGUUCAGCAAGCGACAAAGCAAGUUACAGUCUCUUCUAACGAAGCUGAAGGACAUUGCUAUUCGUCUUGACAAGGUGAAUAAGGGGAUAAAGAUCGCCUAUGUGGCAGGCAGCUCAGUGGGGGCAAUUGGAAGUGUGCUUUCCAUUGUUGGUUUAGCGUUAAGUCCUUUAACACUAGGAGCAUCUCUACCACUGACGAUGGCAGGGCUAGGGAUGGGAAUUGCUUGUGGUGUCAGCAGUGCAGUCACCACAAGCACGAAGAUUGGAGUAAACAGGAAACAGCAGAAAAAAGCUGCUUGUGUCUUCCAGAGCAUCAAGAAGGAUGUGGAGAGUAUUCAGCAAUGUCUGGAGGAGGUCAAAAUGGAGAAAGGGGGCAGUAGUGAGUAG